AUGAAAAUACAAUUUCAGAUUCCUAAACAUUCCAAAACAUACGAUUUUCACCUCCGCUUCCCCUCAGGGCAUUAUGCUAAUAAGCGGUUCCAAAGGGAUAUGAUCGAGACAUUCAACGCGCUAGAUUUGACCAACUACACAAACGAAUACCUCAAUUUGACCGAAGAGGUCUGCGAUCCAUUUUACGUCUUUAAAAACGCCGGUAAAUUGCACUUUUUUACAACAUUUAACAUACAUUCCACUAUACAUUUGAACUCCAAAAUUCUUCAGCUAGCCUUUGUCGAUAUGUGGAAGCGAAUCAAGACGCCUGCUCCAGCGGAGGCUACCCUGAGUGGACCCAUUAUGCCCUGUGUACGGAGGCAUUGGCCCUCCGAUACGGGCUUUGGGUACCGUUGGCGAUACUGUACAUGAUAAUGGCGUUGAUGAUAUUAGGAACGGCGAGCGAUGAGUAUUUGUGCUCGAGUAUUUCUGUAAUUGUAAAUCAGCUCAAAAUCUCGCAGAAUGUGGCCGGCGUGACGUUGAUGGCGUUUGGAAACGGAGCGCCCGACAUUUUCGGAAUGCUUGUUGAAGUUGUAGCCGCUGAAAGUCCGAAGGCUGAUUUGGCGUUGGGCCAAUUGUUGGGUGAGUGUUAAUUUUGUUUUUGACUGUGUUUUGCAACCCACGUUUUUAAUAGUUUUUGCAAUUUACGUUUUUCCAAUAUUUUUUGUGUCAUUUCGUCCAUUUUUUGGGCGGAAUGUAAAAAUACAAAAUUUUUGGUUUGUAACACAAAGUGUUAGCCACAGGCGAGAAUUUUGACUAAUUCCACUGUUUUUCGUUUUCCAAUAACUUUUGUGGCUUUUCGUUAACUUUUGAGACGAAAUGUCAAACAUUUGGAUUUGACUAAAAAUGCGUUUUUAAACAUAAAAAAUCUGAUUUAAAACAGGACAAAAGUUUGGUUCUGGCUUCUGGCUUUCUCAUCUACUCUCAAAUUUAUCCCAUUUUUCAGGAGGUGGUAUGUUCGUUACAACGGUGGUUCUGGCACUGAUUAUUCUCCACAAACCCUUUAAAGUGAUGCGUCGUCCGAUGAUCCGUGAUCUCUCCUUUUACCUCAUUGCCUUGGCUUGGCUGGUGUUUGUCAUCAUGUAUGACAGUCGAAUGUACUACUGGCAGCCGAUGGUCCUACUAUUGCUUUAUGUUAUAUACGCUGGAAUCGUAAUUUUCGGGUCGGGCGUGCGGAACGGAAAAUUUUUGUGUUUCCGAUGGCAAACCGUGCCGAAGUCGCGGAUUUCUUCGAGAAGAUUGUCGAGAAAACGGUCGACGGUCCUUGGUGGUGAGCUUUCUGUGAUGAAAAGUAUUUUUUAUAGGCCACAUUGUAGAAUUGGCCAUCUCGACGGUGGGUCCGGAGGAUGGGGUAGCUGUUACUGUGGCCUCGUGUUCUCCGGGAAAAAUAUCGCCGGUUCCGCCGAAGCAACCAAGAACAACCUCCUUCAACAACGGCUUAUUGACUGUCGAUUGUGGAGGAGUAAGUGCGGGCCAGCUUGGGACAAAAAAAUAAAAAAUGAAUCAAGAAUUUAGAGGGGAAGUACUCCAAGUGCGACGCUCAGGUUUUGAUGACAUUUGGCAUAAAUUUAGAACAAUUUUUUUCUAAAAUAUAUGCAAGAAUCCUAGCUCGCGCUUUGCAGAAACAACUGAGAUUUUUAGGUCAAAAGUGGGCGAAAAUUUUGUACUUUUUGCCGACGAAUUUUGGCACGAAAGGUUUCAUGCCUUUUCUACCGUAGAGGGUAAGGUUUCCACAAACAAUCAAAGUGUUUUUUUCUCUGUCCGCUCUCCGUGUUUACUCUUUCGGCGUCAAAGAUCGUUCAAUAUCUCGGCGGUGCCCGAAAAGCGCGAGCUAAAACUUUCAGGAAUUAAUAUUUAGUUCAUGCCCGACGUGUGUUCAAAAUUUGAAGAAAAUCUGAGCGUCGCACUUGGGGUACUUCCCUUGUUAUUUGGGUAUCUAACACACAUGGUAUACGUAUUAUAGAUCGGUAUAAUAGAUCGCCCGGAAGGGCAAAAGCCCUGCUAUUUCUUGUAUAUAGGAUGACAAGCCAACUUUUAGCCUUGCAAGUUUUUUUUGCUUGCAGCAAUCAAAACAAUGGCUUGUCAAAUGCGAAAGAUCGAAUAUAUAUUCAUCCCAGAGAACCCUAACAAGCCACUUUUUACAGAUAAACAAACACCGUUCCACCAGCACCCUGUCUCGCCGCAGCAACAUUACAAUUGUUCCUGUGGGCGAGCCGGAUGAUGACGUUAUGACGCCCCGCCUCUACCGAGACCACGGCAAGUUCUUCACCGACGAAGUGGACAGCGAUGACACCAGCUGUGAGUUGGUUGAGGACGCCUUGGACAACGCGUCAGUGACUUCUUCCUCGCCCAACACCAGCUACGGCUCCAUCACCCCCAUAACGGACGAGCCGAAGGGAAUACUGAAGAGGAAAUACAAUGACUACAGCAAAAAAUUGAAACACGCCUACGACAAAUGGUAUGAGGAAAAAAUGGCGAACGAGCCGUGGUAUGGAAAGGUUAUCGCAUGCCUGCGAUUGCCGUGCGGUUUGAUUUUGUGGGCCACAACGCCCAGUACAAAUAUGGGAUGGAAUAAAUGUGUAGCGGUGCUGCACUGCUUUGCGUCGCCGAUCUUUGUUCUUUUCGCGUUUGAAGGUGAGUGGGAGGCUGGUAAAAAGGGAGAGGGUAAAUAUUCUCUUCGAAAGAGAGGUGUAAUCCUAUCGGGAAAUAAUGAGUUGUGAUCAUUAUUUUCCCGACAGACUGAUAGCAAAAUAGGACGGCUCAGAUUUUUUUUGAUUUUCCUGGAGCUACAGUGGAUGACCUGAUGCUGUGGCAAAAAACGUACCAUUUUGCAUCCAGGAAGCAUCAAAAAAUGUGGCAAAACACCUCCCUCUGCAAGUAAAAAAACUCAAAUUUCAAAAGCGCGACCGCUCUUGGAAAAAGUUCCUUAUUCUGGCCACAACAAAGGUAUUCCGCGAACUGCGCCCAAGCUUGGGAACGAAAGUUAGGAAAAGAAGGCUUCGGCCUAACUGGCAGUGAAUUACGGUAAUAGCUCUAUAGUUUGAAGGGUACCUACGAAGGCGGUGACGACUCAUUUAGUUCUAUACGGAGGCAAUAAGUUUAGUUCCGGACAUGUUUCAUCGUAUAAAAUGCAAAAAUCGCAGGCUGCAACCGUUUUGUAGGGGUAAUGUGGUACGUAAAAAAGAAGGUACCUCACUAACUGAAACCACUGUCCGGGCAUUGACAACAAUGAAUUGAGCCAGCACGCAAAAGUUGGGCUAAUUCUGACCAGUUUCCGCAAAGUUAUAAGUUGUGGCCAGAAUAAGGAACUUUUUUCCCCGCUCUUUUGUGAGGAAAAAGGGAGCGCCCUUCAAAACGAAAAUUUUAGCUUGGAGAGGGAGGCAUUUUGCCACACCUUUGAUACUUCCCGGAUGCAAAAUGGUACGUUUUUUGCCACUGGAUCAGGUCCACCGCUGUAUAUAUUCUCAAACUACGUGAAAAUACAUUUUCAGCGGUUGCGUAAAAGAAGACCUUACGGUCACAUCUAAAGCAUGUUCAUAUUUUCAGUAGCCACAAUGAAUCCUCAUCCAGACGGGCCGGAUCUGUGGGUGUAUUGUUUCGUCGUAUCGACGAUCCUCGCCAUUGCUGUGUAUAUCAUCACCUCCGAAGACAAGGAGCCCAAAUACCUCAAGGUAAGGUCGUCGUCAGACUCACAACCCAAAUGUUUCGCUUCCAAAACACAUUUUACUUUGCGAUUUUCUUUCAGUACAUCCAGCCCUACACCAGUUUCAUCGUCUCCGUCGCAUGGGUCUAUUGGAUGGCGGCGGAGAUUGUGAAUGUUGUGAUGAUGAUCGGAGUGGUCAGCCGGAUUUCCCAUGUUGUUCUCGGGUUGACGGUGCUCGCGUGGUCCAACAGUCUUGGCGACGUUGUGGCUGAUUUGGCGGUGGCCAAGCAGGGAUUUCCGAGAAUGGCGAUUUCGGCUGUUUUUGGAGGACCUUUAUUGAGUAGGUUGAAAAAUGAGGCCUAAUCAUGAUUUGGAAACGAAAUUUUUUCCUAGUCAGAUAACUUUUUGGCUAGCCAAGUUAGCAAAAAGUGAUUUUCCAGUUACUGAAAAAACACAUUGUAUACACUGGAACAGGUCCCCUGCCGUACGUGAUUUUGCAUUUUGUAUGUAUAUCACAAUUGAUGCGAGCAAAAGUUUUCAUGGAUCGCUUUUGCCGUCUUUUGCACUUUACAUUAUAAAUCGAUCAACCCGUAUUAUGGGGCAAUAUUUAUGGUAGAAAAAGGCCAAAAAAUAAUAAUUUAAAACAUGAAAUUUCAGACCUCCUCAUGGGCUACGGCCUCUCGUUUAUGAUCGCCUGCCUCAAGGGCCGGCAUCCCAUCAAAAUCGACCAGGGCAACCUGCAAAAGUUGCUGAUGAUCUUCUUCCUUUGUUUUUCCUUGAUCUCAACCAUGGUGUUUUUAGUCGUUCAAAAGUUCCACACCACUCGACUGCACGCUUACUUUUUACUCGCAUUGUAUGCAGUCUUUAUUGGGGUAAAUUUGCUGGUGGAAUCGCAUGUCAUAAGCCUUUAA